UGAAUUAUAUUCAUGCGCCCGUAUGCGAUAUAAACCGAAGUGGAGAAAAGAGGAUUGUUAAAAUUUGCAUCAUUAAAACAAUGAUGGCAUUAAAAAUGUUGCGAGUUUGUAGGGGGUCGAUAUUAUCGGGUUGCAAAACUUGUACCGUAAGGAUAGGGAGAGAAGAGUUGGCUAAUGGGCUAAAAUAUUUUAGCACAAGGAUCAACGAGGGUGAGCCUGAUACGAUUUGUGAAAUAGUCAAAUAUUGGAGUAACCGGUUUGAAAAUGAGGGUAUUUCAGAACCUGUUGAAUCAAUCGAACAUAUUCUCACUCACGUACUCGGCUCAAAAAAGCGUUACAGUUCCAACACCGUGAUUCAGACCAUGGACUUGGCUGAUGCGCCGGAGCAGCGGCUAUCCUUAGAUCAAAUAACCAAGCUUCAAUCUCUCUGUCAGUGCAGAAUGUCAAGAAUGCCUGUGCAGUACAUCAUCGGCGAAUGGGAUUUCAGAGAUAUUACGCUGAAACUGGUCCCUCCCGUCUUCAUACCACGACCAGAAACCGAAAUUCUGGUUGACAUUGCACUCAGGAGAAUGGCGGAAGCUAAGAAUAGUCAUUACAUAGUGCUGGAUAUCGGCUGUGGCUCUGGAGCUAUCUCUUUAGCUUUGGUUCACUCGAGCAACCAGAUAGCAACGUCACAGAUUCAGUGCACAUCUGUAGACAAAAGUUUAUACGCUUGCGAAUUGACCAGGCAAAAUGCAGAGAUUUUAGGACUACAGGACAAGUUGAGAAUCGUAAACGCGGCUCUUAGGGAGAAUGGUACAAUAAAAUCACUAAAUGACUCUCAUCCGGGUGUUGAUUUUGACCAGCAACAGUUCGAUAUAAUUAUCAGCAAUCCGCCAUACAUACCGACUGAAAAAUUAAUGGAAUUAGCACCGGAAAUAAAAAUAUAUGAAGAUCUCAGGGCUUUAGAUGGAGGCAAGGAUGGUUUAAGCUUGAUAAAAGCAGUCCUGAGAUAUGCGUCAAAAGCAUUGAUUCCCAGAGGUUUGCUGUUCAUGGAAGUCGAUCCUACGCAUCCGGAAUACAUUGAAUUCUUCACCAAAAAAUAUACAGAUUUAAAACUAAAGUUCGAACACACGUACAAAGAUUACUGCAACAAUGAUAGGUUUGUUGAAUUAUCAAAAUUAGAUUGAUAAAUUAGGGAAAAUCACUUCAAAUUUACUUUUCCGUUACGCUAAAUUUAUUUUUCAUUCACUUCGAGAAAUUACUUAUUUUUUAUAUCGUUAUCAAAGUUGUUAUCCAUUCAAUAACUACACAUUUUAUUAUUAUCUUUCAUUCUUUCCAUCUGUCUGUAUUAUCAAUAAAACACGUUCUUUGAAGAUUUUUGUUUCCUUGUAAUAUACCUCAACUUCUGAAAACUUACAAGAAAUUUUUGAUCGUCUUUUAAACCUUGAAGAAAUCCUUAUUGCUUAUUAUACACGCAGAAGCGAUUUGACAUAGGUUAUUUGUUGUAAAACAGUAAUACUGGUAAACAAUGAUAAUUGAUGCGUAACCCAAUGCACAAGUCAAGCACCAGGUAAUCAUCCCUUGGAAUCUUUGGAUGGCAAACGAGAAUUACUAAUUAAAAAUAUUGACGUACAAGAUAAAUUUGAAUCAUAUCGAGACUGCGAGCCUAUAUUAAAUGACAAUUUUUUAUGUACAGAAAAACCAAUAGAAAAGAGUUUAUAUUCGUUCAGUACUUGUUUCCUAUUAUAUGUAGCUUAAGCUAGCCGCAUUAUUCUGUAUUUAACGCAUCGUUGCAAUCGAACGAUACACAUUUUAUAGAAUGGUAAAACAAACAAAAUACGUAUAACUAAUUGCAUACUAAUCAGUGACUGGUGUAAUGUACACACUUUUUCCCUCAACUUUCCAAACCUUAAUUAGAUUAUCUAUGUUAUACAUAAUUACUUGAGUACAAUAUCGUAGCAAAGGGUAUUGAAUAUACGUAAUAUAAAUAUAUUACAAAGAGCAAUUUGCGGUUUCGUUAUUUAAAUGUGGAGAGAACAUAUUAUUGUCGGAAUGUUAGCAGAUUUCAGUACUCGUUCGUGAAUCCCAACAAUCGGAAAAGAAUAGAAACGGAACGAUUAGCAGAAUUAUGAAUCCCAUUUCUUCAAGUUUCCGAAUUAAGCAUGAGUUAUUCCAAUGAGCCACUGUUCGUUUGAAUAUGUUUAUUCGUUUCUAUUCGAUUUUAUCUGUUCUCUCCUAUCCCGUCAUAUUCGCGACAAUGCCACCUCUAAUAGCUUGUUCGUUUCAAUUAUUUAUUUAGAAUAAGGGAUGACAAUUAUCAAUCCGAUUCAAUUCUUUCUAUCCGAAUUAAUUCUUCUCGAAGAAUACGAAACAUCCGUUUAGAUAAAGAAAUCGCAAUAGAUCGUGUUGAAAUUCUCAAUCCGUUUCUAUUCUUUUCCGAUUGUGGGGAUAUACGUAAGUAUAAGUUUUUGAAAUUUGAGCAUUGCGUGAAUUUGAGCAUAGUGUGAAUAACAAGCUAAUGGGUCGCCUAAAACUUUCCGUACUUAAAACAUAGGCACAGCGUAAAG